AUGUUGAAUUCAGGAUUCUGGAAAGCUAAACUCAUGAACUCGGCCAAAAUCUUGAAUUCAGGAUUUUGGAAAGCUACAAUCUUGGAAUCGGCCAAAAUCUUGAAUUCAGGAUUUUGGAAAGCUAGCAUUUUGAAAUCGCACAAAAUCAUGAAUUCAGGAUUUUCGAAAGCGAAAAUCUUGAAAUCGGCCAAAAUCAUGAAUUCAGGUUUUUGGAAAGCUAAAAUCGUGAAAUCGGCCAAAAUCUUGAAUUCAGGAUUUUGGAAAGCUAAAAUCUUGAAAUCGGCCAAAAUGUUAACUUCAUGAUUUUGGAAAGCUAAGAUUUUGAAAUCGGCCAAAAUCUGGAAUUCAGCAUUUUGGAAAGCUAAAAACUUGAAAUCGCCAAAAAUGUUAAAUUCAGGAUUUUGGAAAGCUAAAAUCUGGAAAUCGGGCAAAAUCUGGAAUUCAGCAUUUUGGAAUGGUAAAAACUUGAAAUCGGCCAAUAUCUUGAAUUCAGGAUUUUGGAAAGCUAAAAUCUUAAAACCGGUUAAAAUCUUGAAUUCAGGAUUUUGGAAAGCGAAAAUCUUGAAAACAGCAAAAAUCUUGAAUUCAGGAUUUUGAAAAGCUUAAAUCUUGAAAUCGGGAAAAAUCUGGAAUUCAGGAUUUUAUAAAGCUGAAAUCGUGAAAUCGGCCAAAAUCUGGAAUUUCUGCAUUAUGGAAAGGUAAAAUCUUCAAAUCGGCCUAAAUCUGGAAUUGAGGAUUUUGGAAAGCUAAACUCUUGAAAUCGGCCAAAAUCGUGAAUUCAGGAUUUUGGAAAGCUAAAAUCUUGUAAUCGGCCAAAAUCUUGAAUUCAGGAUUUUGGAAAGCUAAAAUCUUGAAAUCGGUUAAAAUCUGGAAUUAAGCAUUUUGGAAAGGUAAAAUCUUGAAAUCGGCCAAAGUCUUGAAUUUAAGAUUUUGGAAAGCUAAAAUCUUGAAAUCGGCCAAAAUCUUCAAUUCAGGAUUUUCAAAAGCUAAAACUUGAAAUCGGCCAGAAUCUUGAAUUCAGGAUUUGGAAAAGCUAAAAUACUGAAAUCGGCCAAACUCUUGAAUUCAGGAUUUUGGAAAGCAAAAAUCUCUAAAUCGGUAAUAAUCUGGAAUUCAGCAUUUUGGAAAGGUAAGACCUUGAAAUCGGCCAAAAUCUUGUUUUCAGGAUUUUGGAAAGCUAAGAUUUUGAAAUCGCACAAAAUCUUCAAUUGCAGAUUUUCGAAAGUUAGGAUCUUGAAAUGGGCUAAAUCUUGAAUUCAGGAUUUCGGAAAGCUAAAAUCUUGAAAUCGGCCAAAAUCUUGCAUUUAGGAUUUUGGAAACCUAAAGUCUUGAGAACGGCCAAAAUCUUGAACUCAGGAUUUUGGGAAACUAAGAUUUUGAAAUCAGCCAAAAUCUGGAAUUCAGCAUUUUGGAAAGGUAAAAUCUUGAACUCUGGAUUU